ACUGAAUCCGCAUAAUACCUCUUUCUUUUUCUCUGUCUUCCUUCACCGACUUCACGCUCUCCUCCAAAACUGCGUCAUUGCGUCAAUUUUAGGUCUCCUUCUUUCCUUCAAAUACCUUCAUUAAUUCAUUAAUUCAUUCAUUCAUUCAUUCAUUCAUUCAUUAUCUCCCCAGAAACUUCCUUUUUAUCAUCAUCUUUCCAAACUUGACCCAGAUUGGGUGCCGCAUUCCCAACACACUUUCCUUGCUUCUUAAUACAUUGACUCUCUUUUUCUCUCUCCUCUUCUUAUAUACGGAGUACUCCACUCCCCCCUUUCAAAGUUUAAACCAACCAUUUCUCAGAUCUAUACAGUUUUACAAACAUGGUUCAUCAAUGGCGAACUCUUCUUUUCUCUCUCCUCUUCCUCUCUCUUCACACUCACUUCGUCGUCUCUGCAGAUCCACCUUCUCCGUCUCCAUCCCCUCAACUCCCCGCUGAUUCGGAUUCUCUCUCUCCUUCACCAAUCUCCCUUCCUCCAUCGCCUACUUCUUCUCCUCCAUUAUCUCAACAACCUUCAGACAUUGCGUCUCCACCUUCCUCCUCUUCACCAUCCCCUUCUCCUUCACACGACGCCGUAUCAGACUCUCCAUCCCCAGCGACGUUACCAGAAUCCGACUCUUCUCCUUCUCCUUCUACAGCACCGUCUUCGGCGGCGGACGAGGUUGCCAAAGUACAGAGUCAAGAACAGAAGCCUUCUAGUGGAAUGAGUGGCGGCCAUAAAGCGGGAGUCGUUGUUGGAGUUAUGGUUGGAGUGGCGGCGGUGGGUUGCGCUGGGUGGGUUUACAAGAAACGCCAAGAUAAUCUCCGAAGAACUCAGUAUGGGUACAACACAAGAACUACUAUGAUUUGAUUUUAUUUUAUUUGAUCAAAUAUACAUUCUUUAGAUUUGAAUUGGCUACAAUUUGAUUGUUUUUUGAAUUACUUGUCGAUUAAUAUACUUUAGUAGGAGAGGAGAUUGUUCAUGUAAUAGUAUAAUUAGAAAAUUUUAUUGGAUUUUGGAUUUGAAUAAAUAUUCAUUGUUAGUCUAUUAUUGGACUAAUUGUUAAA